AUGAAGCUCUUUCACGUAUUCGCCUUCCUGGGAUCAGCACUAGGUGCGGCAUUCCCAGCUUGCAAACUCUCGCCAUCUGAUCACAAUUGGCCUUCUGUUGAAGAAUGGGGAGAGCUCAAUCGAACCAUCGGCGGUGCUCUACUCAAAACCCAUCCCGCCGCUUCUUCAUGCUAUGAAGGUAACCCACUCGACUCCCCCUAUUCUUGCAAAACUAUCGAGGACAACUGGACUGCCGCCAACCUUCACGCCGCCCUGCCUGAGUCGAUCGCUUCCCCAAUCUAUGCCAACAACUCGUGCUUGCCACCGGGUGCCGAUGGCUAUAACGCUACCCGAGGAUGUCAUCUCGGUGGAUAUCCGAACCAUGUUGUCAACGCCACUAGCGAUGAACAAAUCGCUAUCGCUACCCGUUGGGCAUCCCAAAGGAACCUGCGUAUUGUGGUCAAAGGAACUGGACAUGACUUGUUUGGACGGUCCACUGGAGCUCAUUCGCUAUCUGUUUGGACCCAUAACCUGAAAGAGAGAAAGCUCGUGCGAAACUGGACGAUCCCGGGAUCAAACAAGUCAGAUACAAUCUUACUUGCUGGAAGUGGUCUCAACUACGGGGAAGCUGUUCGCCAUGCUCUCAAGUACGACCGCGUGAUUGUGAGCGGCAACGAUGAAACGGUAGGCCUAGGUGGCCACAUCCAGGGGGGAGGUCACGGUCCACUGUCGAGUACUUUUGGCCUUGCCGCCGAUAACAUCUACCAGGUUCGUGUUGUCACAUCAGAAGGCCAGAUCAUCGUGGCCGAUGCCACCCAGAACCAGGACCUUUUGUGGGCGAUCCGCGGCGGCGGCGCUGGCCAGUACGGUAUUGUGACCGAAUACAUUAUCAAGACUCAUCCUGCCCCUAAAGUCAUUAGCACAGGCUUUGCCGUUAGCCCUGCUGCCAAUAGCUCUGCUGCUGUUGAAGCUAGCUUCAACGCGCUGGCUGCUCUUCUACAAGACCUUCCGCCUCUUAUGGAUGCUGGAUGUGCUGGCAGUUUGAUUGUUUCAGGCGACUCAAAGACCGGUGUGACCAUCAGUCAGGGUAUCUAUGCCUACAACGCAUCAUCAACAUAUGUUGAAAGCCUUAUGAAUUCGACAAGAGAACACCUCUUCGAUGCUAGUGGAAACAGUAGUCUCCUUACUAUCGUGCCCACAGAGCUUUCGGAGUCGAGUUAUCUUUCCUUUUUCAACGCGAUGAAUGCCGGAGGUUCUCAUACAGCUGGCUCCAUGUCAAUGAUCUCGAGCCGUCUUCUUGGUCGUCCAGAACUGUCAGAUCUCAGUCAGGAUAAGCUCGUUGACUAUGCGAAACGUCUCAUCAGCUACGGCUUUGUGGUCAUUGGUCUCCAAGGUGGGCCUGGGCCUGCCAAGGUUGAUAAAAGUAUGCGUGGUGCGCUUCUCCCGACAUGGCGCUCCAACUACCUUCACGUCAUGAGCUAUGGCGCCAAGUUCAACGAAGCUCUUGCACCACAGAAGAUGCUCAAGGAUACUUCGCAACGUCUUGAAGAAGGUAUUGAGAGUUUGUGGCGGGAGUGGGCUCCUGAGACAGGUGCUUACAUGAAUGAGGAUAACCCUUUCAACUCUGAUUUCAAGAAGGAUUUCUAUGGGAGUAACUACCAGCAAUUGCUAAAGGUAAAGAACAAAUAUGACCCCACCAACAGCUUUUGGGUUCUUUCCGGAGUGGGGAGUGAUGCCUGGGAUUAUGAUCUGAACACUGGUAGACUGUGCAAGCAGUGA